AUGGCCUCAAACAACGUGUCCCCGAAAAACUUCCACAUCUUCGGCAAAGGAAUUUUAUUCAGCGUUUCGCCCACCAUCCACAAUGAAGCCUUUAAACAUUGUGGCCUUCCAUUCAAAUAUACCAUUCGCGAGUCCGACAACAUCGAUGGAGUGGCAGGGCUGAUCAAAGACAAUGCCUUCGGCGGAGCAAGUGUCACCAUGCCACACAAGCUCCAAGUCCACAAGUUCUGUGAUGAGCAAACCGAGACCGCGAAACUGAUCGGUGCAAUCAACACGCUCGUCGUUAAGGGCGAGGGGAGCGAGCGUACCAUAAUCGGUGACAACACGGAUUGGUCCGGUCUGUACGGUAUCAUUGCCGCCCACUCGACCAAGAUGCAAAAACAACCCAAAGUCGGACUUGUUAUUGGCGCUGGUGGGGCAUCACGGGCUGCCCUGUAUGCGAUGCACAAAGCGGGAAUGGAAGAUAUCUACCUUGUGAACCGGACUUUGGCCACCGCCGAGAAGGUCAGGGAUGACUUUGGAAGUGCGUUCGAUAUCAAAGUUGUGCCGGGACUUUCAGAUCUCCCAAAAAAUUUAGAUGUUGUUAUUGGCACUGUUCCUGCGGAGACUACCAAUGAGGAUCAGUUUGCGUUGUUGUUUGGGAAGCAAGGUCUUUGUAUUGACAUGUCGUAUAAGCCGAGACAGACGCCGCUAUUGACUGUGGCUCAAAGACACCAAGGGUGGGAUACUGUUUCAGGUGUUGAAGUGUUGCUUUCCCAGGCUUUUGAUCAGUUUUCGCUGUGGACUGGACUAGACGCUCCAAAAGAUGUUAUGACGGAGGCUAUUUUGGCUUUGGACAGAGAGGGGGCUGCGAAGGCUAAAGGUGGAAUGCUUUGA